ACCGAAGAGAGGGAAGAGAUGAACCGGCGCCUGCUUUCUCAUUUCAGUUCUCCUAAAGGAGGUCAGCCAGCCGUGUUCAAGCUGAAAUGUGAGAUCUGACUUCCCGCCCCUCGGGCGGUCUUGGAGAACUUUUCCCCCGCCUUCUUCUAGGGAUCCGGUGGUCCGGAACGGCACAGUAUUCGCGUCAGGCAACAGCGGGAUGGCCAGGGCGACCCUAGUCCCGCGCUUUCUGUACCCCUUUUGGCAGCGGACCCCUUGCGCGAGCCCCGCGCCCGUCGCGGCGGGAGGCGUUUUCCGAAGGUUCUUGGCUGCAGCGACACCUGCUCGCCGCCUAGAUCUGCGGGGUAUCUAUCCGCCCCUCGUCACCCCUUUCACGUCUCAAGGCCGUGUAGAUUACGCCCGGUUGCAGGAGAAUCUGCGCCUCUACGCCGAAAUCCCCUUCCGAGGUUUUGUAGUACAUGGUUCCAAUGGGGAAGCCCCCUACUUGACACAAGAGGAAUGCCUGGAAGUAGUGAUGCGGGUGCACCAAGCUCUGCCUAAGGAAAACCUCCUGCUGGUUGGGUCAGGAUGUGAAUCAACUCACUGCACCAUUGAAAAAACAAAACAAAUGGCUGACAAGGGUGCUGAUGCUGCUCUUGUGGUAACUCCUUGCUACUUCCGUGGAAGCAUGACUAGUGCUGCCUUGAUCCAUCAUUACACACAGGUGGCUGAUGCAUCUCCAAUCCCUGUGAUACUGUACAGUGUUCCAGCCAACACAGGCUUGGAACUGCCCAAUGAGGCAGUGCUCAGCCUCGCGCAACAUCCUAACAUAGUGGGGAUCAAGGACAGUGAUGGCAAUAUUACCCGCCUGGGGCUGCUUGUCCACAAGACGCAGAAUGAAGACUUCCAGGUACUGGCAGGAUCAGCUGGUUUUUUUCUAGCCAGCUAUAUUGUAGGUGCUACAGGAGGAGUCUGUGCCCUUGCCAACGUACUAGGCAGUCCUGUCUGUCAGCUUGAUGAUCUUUGCCGUGCAGGAAAUUGGAGUGAAGCCCGUGAACUGCAGCACCGAUUGAUUGAGCCAAACAUUGCAGUCACCCGGAAAUUUGGGGUCCCAGGUCUCAAGCAGGCAAUGGAGUGGUUUGGCUAUAAAGGAGGCUUUUGCCGUGCCCCCUUGCUCCCAUUAACUGAGACACAAUUAAUGGAAUUACGCCGUGAUUUCACCUCCAAUGGCUGGCUCUGAAGGACAAAGGAGUUCUAGCAAUGCCUGAAUCUUGCUUUAGCCAAUUACUAUCUAAUUGGGAAAGGCUCACAUGUCUUGCAAUUUACUUUGAUGCAGCUCAUUCAACUCAUAGUGUACUUAUUGGAACAUCGCUAUAGCAACAAAACAGUGGAAUAAAAUCUUCAGAAUGGAGCUUUAAAUGACAAAAGCCUGCAUCUCAUGGUUGACAAGAAGCCCAACAUUCCUUUGUCACUUAAAAUUUCUCAAUUCUGCAUAUCUAGAAUAUAGUCUUAUCUAUAUUCUAUUCUUCAGUAUUUUCCUAUAUCAUGAUUAGUUCUGGAAUCAUAAACUGUUGAAAUGCUAAUUCUCUGGGCUCAGAAAUCAGAUAUGUGAAAUCAUAAUGUCCUAUGUAAAAGAUGACAUUUCAUUCAUUUUUGUGACUUACUAGGCAUCACUACCUCUUGUACAAUAAAUUGAGUUUGUUGCAUAGUUGUAUAAUCCACUGAAAAAUUGAACAUUCCUGAGGUGUUAUAAGAAUGUGCAGUUAGUAAAUAAUUAUGUGCCAUCAAGUCAUUUUUGACUUUUAAUAACUACAAAGAUUUUCUCCAUUAUAAUCUAUCUCUAACCUAUUACUAUAACUAUAUAUUUAUGGUAUUCACUAAAGCUAGAUCAGCAAAAUUUAAGCAUUUUUUAAAAAUUGUUUUAUAAAACACUGCUACAUAGGUCUGAGUCAUCCUCAAGUACAGAAGUUUUAUGGUAUGGCAUAAAAAUACAUUCUUCAAGAUAAUUAUGCUUCUGUUAUUGUACCUGUUUCCUGUCUAAUAAUGGUGCAUUAUAUUUGGAAAGAGAAAUGGAGAACCAUUCAGUAGCGUUGCUGAUGACUAUAUUUUUAGCUAAAACAUAAACACAUUAAGGCUAAUUGAGGGUACAGCUUCUUGUUCUACACCCAGAUCCAAAAUUACUAGAAGUGGAUAAUUGUGUCUAUAUAGUCAUAGCCCCAAACCCAAUAACUAUAUGGCUGAGGUCAGGGAGAAUAGAGCACCAGAAUUUAAUCAAGCUGUUUCUUGAAGUAUUUUAUACAAUUCCAAUAGCAUGCAUGGAACAAAAAGUGUUACAGAAAAUCCCUUCUUUAAGUGAAAAAAGUUGGGGGGAAAGUGAAGUUGUAAACAAGAAAAUGCAUUGCCUCAUAACAGGUACUUAAGUUAGUUGUACUGAUUAAUGGAAGCUAACUGUGUCAACAUUUUCUUAACAUAGAUAUGAAAACAGUAAAGGACUUAACAUUUUGCCAGCAUAGCAUAGCAGGCAGUUGCAAACACAAAGACUAGCACCAGGUGAAGAUUGUUCAAAGGGGGCAGUUUUGACAGUUGUAGGUCAAAGGAUUAAAGAAAAAAAUGGAAAGGAAUAUAAUAAAAUAGCAUUGGAAAGUAUUAGAGUAGCCUAUAUUUAUCUAAAACUCACUGGCGGCAUUAAAUACACUCUGCUAAGCUAAGUUUUAACUUUAGUUGUUGGAUAAAUUACAGCAGCUGAAGUCAUGCAUUUGCUCAGCCACAAACAAACAAAAUGGCAUCUUGGCUAAGUGCUGUUUGAACUUACCAUUUAAACCAAAUUCAUAUAUUCAAAUAUGGUCCAUUAAAUGAGUUGAAAGAACACUUUUUAAGAUUACUAGACAACCCAUAACCUGUUGGGUCAAUGUUUCAGAGAUAUUUCCUUAUCUAAGCUGAACUAAAUGACCACAGGAGGAAAAUAGCAGUGGGAGCAGGAGCAACUUCCAUCUUCCUGCAAGUUUCCCUGUUGGCUUUCUUUGUAGGAAGUUGGCAGGGAGUAUUAAGAAUGAUCACAUGACUGCAGCAGUUGCCACAACUUUCCCAAAUUUCAAUCCUCUGGGAGUCAUGGGUCCCAGAUUUUGUACAGCUUCUAUAAGUUUGCCCAUCUGAGGUAUCUUGAUUCAAAAAUUGUUAUCCUAUAAUGCACCAUUUCAUCCAAUUAAAGGUUACAAACCAUCA